UAAAAAUAAAUGAUACAAUCAUGCAUGUUUAUACAUAGGUGGAGAUGUUAUAAGUUUUUUUUUUGGUCAACAAGGUGGAAGUAUUUAUUUGUAAUUAUAUGAUAUUUACACACAAAAAUCGUUUACUUGGCGUUUUUGUUUGUGUGUAAUUUGUCAACUAUAGGGACGAUCGUGAAGUUACGUUGUUGUUGGUGGUGUUUAGGAGGAGUGACCUACACGUCUUUAAUUUUUUUUUUUUUUGAGAUAAAGAACUUUUUAAGAAAUUUGAGCAGAAAAGGACCAAUAAUCUUUAACGGUGACUGAUGAUAAAAACGUCCGCCGAUGUGUACGGAACGUUGGACGGAGUUAGGACUUAGGGUUGAUGUCAUCUGGCUUUAUCUCUCGUCCUACUUCAUACCAUUUGAUUUGUGGUGUCCGAAGGUUUUGACUUUUAAGAAACCAGUCAACCAAUUGGAGUGGUCUACAUGAUUUUUAGCAUUGGAAAUUUUUGAGAAAUACUUUUGUUGGGGUGCAUUUUUUAAAAAUGUUCCCUUUAGUUGUUUAUUUUCAAAAAUAUCUCUUAUUAAAUCUAAAAAGUUUUCUAAAAUUUUAUAAAGUUUAUAAGGUUUAUAAGGUACUUCCAUAUGGUAACACUACUACUACGACAAAAAUGUAACCUUUUAUGCAAGACUGCAACAUACAAAAAACUUAAAUACCUUUAAAAAUUUAACACAUAACGAACGGUACGUACGUCGGUUCAAGUCAAUUUCUGAAUUUGUUUUUAAAAAUCCGAAUUGAAAAGUAUAAUAAACAAAGAAAAUCAAAUUAUACGUGUAUAGAUAUGUUCAAACAAAGGCAAUGGUGUUUCCGUAAAUAAAACCAAUUAAGGGAAUGUCCACUUCUAAAUAAUUUCCUUGAGUUAUAAUAACUUAAUAAGAGGCUAAAGACCAAAGUUAAGCCGUGUUGUCUUCUGCUGUAAAACUCAAAGACGACAAAGAAGUUAAAAACCUCUCUAAUUAAUCAGAAGGUUUUGCAAGUAGAAUGGUGAACUCUCGUACGAUCUACGCUGCGGUAGCGAUUCUCAUGAUCGUGAUCGCGGCAGUUGAAGCUGGCAGCUACGAAGACGCCUUGGGGUUCGUAGUCCGAACCGGAACCACCUCUAACUGCAAAGGAUCAAUCGCAGAAUGUAUAGCCGAAGAAGAAGAGUUUGAAUUCGAUUCUGAGAUCAGCAAGCGCAUUUUAGCUUCGAAGAAGUACAUUAGCUACGGUGCAAUGAGGAAGAACAAUGUUCCUUGUUCCCGACGGGGUGCAUCUUACUACAACUGCAAACGCGGCGCUCAGGCUAACCCUUACAGCCGCGGUUGCAGCACAAUCACGAGGUGCAGGCGUUGAAUUUGAAUUUCUUGUUUUUACCUUAUUCGUUCUUGUGCGUUUUUACUUUGUUCUUUUCUUUGUUUUUUUAUCUGUUUGGGGUUUCAUACAUAUAACAUAAUGUUAACUUAC